AUGGUGCGUCAGCUGCACGACGGUAUGAUGGCGCGAGUCACGGACAACGGAGCUGUCUCAGAGGCGUUCGCAGUGACCAAUGGAGUGAAGCAGGGCUGCGUACUGGCGCCUACCCUCUUCAGUCUUAUGUUCUCUGCCAUGCUGAUGGGCGCCUACCGCGACGAACGCCCCGGGAUCCGCAUCGCCUACAGGACGGACGGUCACCUCCUGAAUCAACGGCGGAUGCACUUCCAAUCGCGCGUAUCCACAACCACCGUUCACGAACUCCUCUUCGCCGACGACUGCGCCCUGAACACCACCUCGGAAGAGGAGAUGCAACGGAGCAUGGACCUGUUCUCCGCCGCCUGCGAGAACUUCGGUCUGGUCAUUAACACGCAGAAGACGGUGGUGAUGCACCAACCGCCACCCAACUCAGUCACAGCCCCAACGCGCCGCCGCAAAUCAGCGUGA